AUGAGGCAGGACACCUCCAAAGCGACUACGAAACAGCGCGGCUCUCGCAAAGUCGUCUCCGAUGACGAUGACGAUGAUAUUGAAGAAGUAGUCAAACCCGCCUCUAAGAAGCCUACCACUCCAAAGCCCGAGAAAUCGGCCAAAGAACCAGUGGAAGAAGAGACUACCAGCUCAGCCUACUUUGCGGCCUCAAAAACAAAGUCUGCGAAGUCUACCCCAUUGCGAACAAAGGCAGCCGCUACGAAUGGUGCCGCAAAAACACCCAGCAAAGAAGUGAACGGCGACACACCAUCUACUGGCAGAAGAUCCUCCAGAAAGACUGGCAAAAAGAACUAUGCUGAACAGGAUGAAGAUGACAAUCCCAAUAAAGUCUUGGAGGAUGACCGCGAAGGCAAUGAUGACAUUUUCAGUGACUUGAAGAGCAGGAAAGUGGACGACGAUUACGAGGAAGGAACAGACGAGGAAGAUAUAAAGCCACAAAAACGAACGGGCAAGACUGUCAAUGGGCACUCUAAAAAGCCCCAAGCAAAAAAUGAUGAUGAAGACGACGAUAUCGAGAUGGCACAGAUCCCCGGAUAUGACGGACCUGGUGAUGCGAGAAGUAAGAAAACGUCCAGCAGAACCACUUCCAGUCGUAAGAGAAAGUCCAAAGAUCUUGAGGAUGAAGAUCAGGACGACUUGGACGAUGCCGACGACACUCCCAAAAAGAAACCGAGGACUACGACAUCGACAACUAGCAGGAAGCCGCGCGCGACCCCCAAAAAGGAGGAAAAGGAGGAAAGCAAGGAGAUACAAAAUAUCUUUGACAAUAUCCCUACUGUGAGAGCUCCGACUCCACCACCAAGAGAUGACAAGAAAAAGUUCACAUUUGGUGGCGGUAACGCCAAUGUGGCUCCACCCGCAGCUGGCUCUGCUGAUAUUCCAGUGGGUGCAGAAAACUGUCUUGCUGGACUAACUUUUGUCUUCACGGGGGUUCUCAACUCGCUUGGCCGCGAAGAGGGACAAAACCUCGUAAAACAGUAUGGCGGCAAGGUGACAGGCGCGCCAUCCAAGCGGACCAGCUACGUCGUCCUUGGUGCCGAUGCAGGACCCAAAAAACUUGAAACGAUCCGCCAGCUGGGAAUCAAAACAAUCAAUGAGGAGGGUCUCUUCGCACUCAUUCGACAGCUUCCAGCAAAUGGUGGUGAUGGAAAAGCAGCCGAAGCCUAUGCCGAGAAACAAGCCAAAGAGGAAGAGAAAAUCCGCAAGCAGGCAGAAGACGAGGAACAACGCGAACGUGAGAGACAGAAAGAGGCUGCGAAAGUUGCAAAAGCUGCCGCAGCUCGAAGUGGUGCCCCUGUACCUCCAGCCAAACCAAAAGGUCCCAGAGUGGAAGACAGACUCUGGGUUGACAAAUACGCCCCAGAUUCAACGAGUGCCGUCUGUGGAAACAAGGCCCAGGUUGAAGGCUUACAGAGAUGGCUUCGAAAUUGGCCGAAAGCGGCCAAAUCAGACUUCAAGAAGGCGGGUGCUGAUGGGAAAGGCACCUUUCGCGCAGCUUUGCUCCAUGGUCCCCCAGGCGUUGGCAAGACCACCGCUGCCCAUCUUAUUGCCAAACUUGAGGGCUAUGAUGUCGUCGAGAGCAAUGCCAGCGAGACUCGGAACAAGAAGCUUCUUGAAACUGGGUUGACUGGUGUUCUGGAUACUACGUCUCUCCUCGGGUAUUUUGCCGGCGAAGGCAAGAAAGUCGAACAGUCGAAACGAAAGCUCCUGCUGAUCAUGGACGAAGUGGAUGGCAUGUCAGCAGGAGAUCGUGGUGGCGUGGGCGCUUUGGCUGCUAUCGUCAAGAAGACCAGUGUCCCGAUGAUCUUGAUCUGCAACGAGCGGAACCAGCCAAAGAUGAGGCCACUCAACAAUGUGACAGCAGAGUUUCAGUUCCGAAGGCCGACCACGGAUAUGAUUCGAGGCCGGAUCGCUACGAUUCUGUUCCGCGAAGGCAUGAGAUUACCCGCACCCAUCAUCAAUGCCUUAAUCGAGGGAUGCAAUGGCGACAUUCGCCAGAUCAUCAACAUGAUUUCAACUGUCAAACUCGACAAUAAGGAUCUCGAUUUCAGCGACACCAAGGCAAUGUCGAAGGCAUGGGAGAAACAUGUGAUUCUGAAGCCUUGGGACAUUGUGAACAAGAUCCUUCGACCACAAAUGUUUGCUGCCAGUUCAUCUGCGACCUUAAACGACAAGACAGAGUUAUACUUCAAUGACCAUGAGAUGAGCUAUCUUAUGCUCCAGGAGAACUAUCUUAAGACCAAUCCUGCCCUUGCGAGCUCUUAUAGCGGUAAAGAGCGAGAGAUGAAGCUAUUGGAGCUUGCAGACAAUGCCGCUGCCAGCAUUUCUGACGGCGAUCUAGUUGAUCGGAUGAUUCACGGUUCCCAGCAGCAAUGGAGUUUGAUGCCGCUCCACGCUAUCUUCAGCUUUGUUCGACCUGCUAGCUAUGUGUACGGAAUGCUUGGGGGACAGGCUGCAUUCCCCACUUGGUUUGGGCAAAACAGCAAGCAGACGAAACUCUCUCGCUUUGUCAAGGAGAUUCAGGGACAUAUGCGGCUUCGUACCUCUGCCGAUCGUCAUGAAAUUCGCCAGCAGUAUCUCCCGGCCCUAUGGAGCAAGACAGUCGGCACGCUCAAGAAUCAGGGCAAGGACGCCGUGCAAGAUGUCAUCGACUUCAUGGACUCUUACUACUUGACCAAAGAAGACUUCGAUGCCGUGCUGGAACUGGGUGUUGGAGAGUACGACAUGGACGGGAUCAAGAUCGACGCCGCUACCAAGGCAGCAUUCACUAGAUUGUACAACGUUCAGAGCCACCCUAUGCCAUUCGUCAAAGCAAGCCACAUCCUGGGUACCGCCAAGGGACGAGCGAAGAAAGAAAAACCAGACUUGGAAGAAGCAGUAGAGGACUCCGAGGCAGAAGAACUCCUAGCGGAAGCUGAGGCCGGCGACGAAGAGGAUGAUGACGAGGAUCUGAAGAAGGACAAAUACAUCAAGGCACCAAAGAAGAAGGCUGCCAGUGCAUCUACUGCGGGUGCAAAGGGCAAAGGCAAGAGGAAGAAGGCGGACGAGGAUGAGGACGGAGUCGUCGAACCUGGAAGCGACGAGGAACCGAAGAAGAAGCGAGGAACUGGUGGAGCACGCGGUGGCAGGAAAGGAAAAGGACGAGCGUGA